AUGCCGAAAGUCUUUAUCAACAUCCAAGACAUUGUCGACUGCAUUGAGAAAAACCUCACUGGGGGAACACCCAAGGUGUACCCGCAGCGCUUCGCCAGCCUCAACCAACUCGUCAAAUACACCAUGAAGGAGGGAAAAGUCUACCCCAAGAAAUGGGUCAAGAAUAGACUGGGACCUGUCAAGGCUUUGAUGAGGGACAUAUUAAGAGGGUGA